AUGGACAGUGACGAGGAGACGCUGGAAGAGACCGUGGAGGGAGCUCUUGAUGAUGACGGACUGCCCCAUGGAUUUUGUACAGUCACAUAUUCAUCCACAGACAGAUUUGAGGGAAAUUUUGUGCAUGGAGAGAAGAAUGGUCGUGGCAAGUUUUUCUUUUUUGAUGGAAGUACACUUGAAGGUUAUUAUGUUGAUGAUGCUCUGCAAGGCCAGGGAGUGUACACUUAUGAAGAUGGGGGAGCUCUUCAUGGCACUUACAUGGAUGGAGAACUAAAUGGGCCAGCCCAGGAAUAUGAUGCUGAUGGACGACUGAUGUUUAAAGGGCAAUACAAGGAUAAUAUUCGGCAUGGUAUUUGUUGGAUAUACUACUCAGAUGGUGGGAAUCUGGUUGGAGACGUCAAUGACGAAGGAGAGAUGACUGGAGAGAAGAUAGCCUACUUGUACCCUGAUGGGAAGACGGCCUAUUAUGGGCACUUCAUAGAUGGUGAAAUGUUAGAAGCAAAGUUGGCAACCCUUUUAUCCGUAGAAGAGGGAAAGCCACAGUUUGAAGUUGUGCCUGGCAGCCCAGUUUACAGUUUUGAUAAAUCUACUUCAUCCUGCAUCUCUACAAAUGCACUUCGUCCUGAUCCUUAUGAAUCAGAGAGGGUAUAUGUGGAUGCAUCUUUAAUUUCUUGUGCUGGAGAAGGGUUGUUUAGUAAAAUAGCAGCUGAAGCUGGCACAGUUAUGUCCUUUUACAAUGGAGUACGGAUUACGCACCAGGAGGUGGACAACAGGGACUGGGCUUUGAAUGGAAAUACAAUAUCCCUAGAUAAUGAAACAGUCAUAGAUGUACCAGAACCCUACAACCAUGAAGCCAAAUAUUGUGCCUCAUUAGGGCACAAGGCAAACCACUCUUUUACACCUAACUGUCAUUACGAAUCGUAUGUUCAUCCUCGUUUUGGGCUGAUUAAAUGUAUUCGCACUAUUAGGGCUGUUGAAAAAGAUGAAGAAUUAACAGUGGCUUAUGGCUACGAUCACAAUCCCUCUGGACAGAAUGGGCCGGAAGCACCAGAAUGGUACCGGGUGGAACUGAAGGCUUUCCAGGCUGCCCAAGAAAAGUGAAA